AUGACGAACCCCCUACCAGAAAGCCCCUCGAUUCUCGACAGAAUAGCCCAUCUCCCGGUCGAAAUCCAACGGAGCAUCAUCCUCGAAAUUUUCUCAGGGAGCAGUGCAUGCGCCCUCGCCCUCUUCGUCCCGGACUGGGACGUCUGCGCGCACGGAAGCGACCAGGUGAACGGCAUCUACGACUUGCAGCGUACAGACGUCUACAGGAGAGGCGUGGGCGGCGCGCGCGGGACGUUCGCCUCUGGCGUAAGUCACUGCGAAGAUGACCACAUGUCCUUCACCCUGGAAAGCGACAUGGACCCGCACGCAGCAGCGCAUGUGCUAACGGAACAGCUCGCGAAGAGAUUCCCCGCAGCCGCGACGUGGGCGUUGCGCGAUCUGGGACGGACCAGACUUUGUCGCUUCCAGCAGCGUCUACCGCGGGAGCCGGACGACGAUAUAGGUAAGUACAUGUCGACGGGCGCGCUGGUGUUUGGCGAGGAGGACAACCAGACGGCGCGUGGCGACGUCCUCUGUAGUAGUAGUGGAACGGGAACGGGCUCGCAGAUGUGCGAGGCGCCGCGGCAUCUGAUGUUCAACAGCGUACCUAGAGAUCCGUGGCUCCGGCUUAGAUUGCGACGGAACCCGGAGGCUAAGCUCGGGUUCGGGAUGAGACUCCUCGUCGAGACGGCCGAGGAUAUAGUAGAGGUCGAUUGGGCCGUCAUGCCGCAGCUCGAGACCGUCUUCCUUGAUCUGCGAUCAUACGGGCGGGGACCGAUGGAAGAGGCAGGUAUCCGGAAAGGCGCGGCCAGGAUGUGUUGUUGCCUUGGGCUACAGUGUCUGGUCAUUGCGGGAUUGCGGAGCGGGACGAGGUACGCGCGGUCCCCGGGAUGGGAAGCUUGCGACUGGGAGACGGAUGACAGGGAGGUUGAUGGCGGGGUGAACUGGGUCAAGGCGUUUUGCGGGGCGGUUCGGGAGGGCGGUCGGUUGGUGUUCAUUGAUAGGAGAAUCCUCGAAGUGAACUGGCGGGACUGGAGGACGCGGGCCGAGAGCUCCGGCCUCCUGUUGCCCGGGACCGAGAAGACGCAGUUUCGAGGACACGGCGAAGGUGCGUAUCUGGCGCACGUCGAGAAGGUGUUGGAUCACGGGGGGAGGGGAGGGGGAGGGGGAGACCGCGACACAAGCGGACGGACAGACAGAGACAGGUAG